ACCCGUCAUACACCAAGUUGGUCUCUUUGAAAUUAUUCGGCAAAGGAACAACCAGAAUCUCCCUCGAAAAGGGAUGUCCUCGAGCUCUCCUCUCUGGCCUUCCCUACACCCUGUCCUGCAAUUGGCGCAACUGCUUCGCCAUCCUCUCCAUCGCCCGAUCUCUUCCAGCUCCUCCCUCUCCAUAACUGGACACAUCCUCAUCUUGGUUCCUGGCCACCGUGGUUGGCGCAGUGGUAGCAUGAGACGUGUGGCUCGUGACCUGCUGCACCGCCUGCGCCGCCGCGGCCGCCGCUAUCCUCUACAUCUCUUCUCGGGUCAUCGUCACCAUUUGCUGAACGGGGGCUUGUACAGCUGCCAGUGGUGGCGCUCCUCCUUGUGCCAUCGCUCCUCCCUGCCCCAGU